AUGGCCCUCUCUGCCUACUUCCUUCUCUGCUUGUCUGUCCUUGGACUAGACGCCAUCUACGGCUUUGGAUUCCGCAAUGGCUUCCUCGAGCUCAUGGCCAACAGCUACCGAGAGCGAAAGCUAUCCGGCACGGCAGAGCCCUUGCAAGGCAACAUCACCGGAACCGGAUUGGACGAGUUGUUGGGAAACCUGAUUGUCUUCUACUGGCCCGUGCUAGAUGGCAAUCAUCCCGGUCUCAGCCUCCAGGCGUUUCAUUUCUUGGGUGCAAUAGUGGCCGUGUGGGUGGCGAUCCAGGUCCAAAGCUGGAGAUCACCGAACCGCAACAGCCUGCUGCGAUCUCCAACCCUUUUCGCCAUGCUAUCCCAGGUCGUGGCCAUCGCUGUCAUCGUACCCCUCUGGUGCGCGAUCUCCAUCUGGUCGUCGUCGUCACCACGCCCAAUUACCCGCGCUGUCUCGGCCUCAGCAGCUCAUUCCAUACGCCUCAUUCCAAUUAGCAUGGUUCUGGGCUUUGGAAUCCCCACUAUCGGCAUGCUCCUUCCGGAAAGCACACACCAGAACUUGUUCAGCAAACAGAUCGCCAUUGCAGUAUGGCAGAUCUGGCCAAUCUAUGUAGCGCUGUGGCACUGGGGUUUGCGGGUCUUAUUCAGAUCGAGACUGAAGGAGGGUAUCUCCGUGAGAACAGCAUGCCGGACGGCAUGUUCCUUUGCGUUUGUAUGCGCGAUUAUCCCACAUGCGGUUAGCUGGGGGCUCUCACUGACACUGAUUCCUACAAACCUCUUGGCCGAUGUAUUGCCUUGGCAGUUUGCUGGUGGCGGCACUGUUCAGGUUCAAUCCAUGGCCCAAGGAGGGCUUUGGUUCCUACAGUGGGAUCAUCUCAUUGGAAUGGGGAGUUUUCUCCUCUGGGCAAUGCAUAUGCGGUGGACAGUGGAGCAGCAGUCGUCAUUCCUACAGACUUGCUAUCUAGCGCUGAAAGUUGGAGUUCUUUGUCUGAUCUCAGGUCCCUGCGGUGCUGCCGUUUGGUUGCUGUGGGAGGAAUCUCAAUUUUGA